AUGGGGAGGAGUCCAUGUUGCUCCAAGGAAGGACUUAACAGAGGAGCUUGGACUGCCUUGGAAGAUAAAGUACUAGCAUCUUAUAUCAAUACUCAUGGAGAAGGCAAAUGGAGAAACCUCCCAACGAGAGCUGGUUUGAAGAGAUGUGGUAAGAGCUGUAGACUGAGAUGGUUAAACUAUCUGAGGCCAGAUAUAAAGAGAGGUAACAUAUCCCGGGAUGAAGAAGAACUCAUUAUCAGACUCCAUAAUCUUCUUGGCAACAGAUGGUCUCUAAUAGCUGGAAGGCUACCGGGGCGAACAGACAAUGAAAUCAAGAAUUACUGGAACACCACUCUGGCAAAGAAAGCUAAACCCAAAUCGCAUUCCGGAUCAUCCAAGGAAACAUCUCCUGCUGGGACCAAAUUUAGGCCUAGAAAGCCGUCAGCUUCAGCAUCAGCCGCAUCCAGUCAGCCUCAAGUAAUAAGAACCAAGGCCACUAGGUUAACCAGAAUGCUAGUCCCAUCACUCCCUCUUCUCGUCGAUGAUUACUCAACAACCAAACCCGCAUUUGAGCUUCGAGUUCCUCAAACCCAGUCGGUAAGUUCAGUUCCUGAAGAUGCAGUAAACACAGAAGUACAGUAUCAGGGAACAGGUGCAAUAAACUUUGGCUGCAAUGAAUAUGAAGCAACUGCUGGUGAUGAUAAUGAAGAUGGUAAUGGAGACCAUGAUAUUCCAUUAGAUGAUGGGGUGCUCAAUGACUGGAUAGGAGAUGUGAACUGUGAUCUUGAGAACUAUGGCGCUUCAUUGGAUUUAGAUUCCCUUGCAUUUUUGCUCCACUCUGAUGACUGGUUGGGCCAGGAAAAUAGUAUUUAG